GAGGAGAGAACAGUUGUGUGCGUGAGAUUACCAGCUGCGGAAACAAACAAAAACAAGAACGAAACUGGCGGCUUGCUGCCUUUCAAGUUUCUGCUAUAUUGCUCCUCCUAUUAUUUAUCCUUAUUAUCCGCAAACUAAUCUUUUCAUCAGGCAAAAGACACAGCCAAUAACACCAGCUGCGUGCAACAAAAUAAAUUAAAAACCACGAAAGAAAUACAAAAAAGAUCAGACACAACAAAUAUGGCUGCUGUGCAAAACGCCAACCCCGAGUGCGUCGGUCCGGAGAGCGCGCAAGCGGGCAUCGCGCCGUCCUGCCAGGGCUGCCCCAACGCUGCCAUCUGCGCCUCCGCUCCGAAAGGACCCGAUCCAGACCUCCCCCUCAUUCGCGAACGCCUUGCCGGAGUGAAGCAUAAAGUCAUGGUGAUCAGCGGGAAAGGCGGGGUGGGUAAGAGCACCAUGACGAAGGAACUCGCCUUUGCCCUCGGCGCGCGCGGCUUUACGGUGGGACUGGUGGAUAUGGAUAUCUGCGGCCCGUCGUUGCCGCGGCUGACGGGCGUGCGUGGUGAGGACGUGCAUCAGAGCGCGGGCGGCAUUGAGCCCGUCCUGGUCGAUGAGAACGUGGUGAUGAUGUCGAUGCACUACCUGCUGUCUGACAAAAACGAAGCUGUCCUCUUUCGCGGCCCACGCAAGAACGGCGUGAUUAAGAUGUUUCUGAAGGAUGUGAUGUGGGGUGACUUGGAUGUGUUGCUCGUCGACACCCCGCCCGGCACAUCCGACGAGCACAUCACCGUAAAUUCGCUCUUGCAGCAGACGGUGGGCGGAGUGGACGGGGCGGUGCUCGUGACAACGCCGCAGCGCGUCGCCGAGGCGGACGUGCGCCGCGAAGUCAACUUCUGUCAAAAGGCGAAGCUGCCCGUGCUGGGGCUAGUGGAGAACAUGAGCGGCUUUGUUUGCCCUGGCUGCCACCGCGAGUCGGAGAUUUUUCCAAAGGAAGCCAACAAGGAAGGACAGAAGGAGGGGGCAGGGAUUCGACUCAGUCGGGAGUUCGACAUCCCGCUGUGGGGGGCAGUGCCGCUGGACCCGCUGCUGAUGAAGGCGUGCGAGGACGGCGUUUCCUUUGCCGAGUUUGUGGAGACGAAUGCGGUGAAGGAGAGUCCCACGUUGGCGGCCAUUUUCGCCGUCGCCGACAAGCUGGUCGAAGGACUGCAUCUGCAGGCGGAGUAA